AUGGCCAGGCAAGAGCUGCUGCUCCUGGUGUGCUUCUUUCUCCCUCAGAUACUGGUCUCAGAGGGUGCCAAAAUCCUGACUGUAUCCCAAUUAGGUGCAAGUCAUUACAUUCUAAUGGACAAAGUGUCUUCAAUUCUUCAAGACCAUGGUCAUCAGGUGACUAAACUUCUUAAUAAAGAAGCCACUAUUCCAGAUUUGAAAGAAGAAGAAAAACCAUACAAGGUCAUUGAUUGGGUUCUACCUGAAAAAAAUAGAAAUGAAAUUCUCAAGCAUAUUCAUUCCUUGGUAGAAGUAUUGGAUGGCAGAGAUGUAUUUGAUGUAAUUUUAAAGUUGUGGGAACACAUGGGGACUUCAUGCAGCUAUUUGCUUCACAGAGACGAUAUCAUGAACUCCUUAAGGAAUGAGAGCUUUGAUCUGGUAUUUCUUGAUGCCACAGAUUUAUGUGCUUUCCUGAUUGCUGAAAAGCUUGAGAAACCAUUUGUGGUCCUUCUUUCUAUGUUUCACUAUGUGGACUUUGGGCUGCCCAGCCCUUUGUCUUAUGUUCCUGUGUAUGGUUCCUUCUUAACCGACCAAAUGGACUUCUGGGGCCGUGUGAGAAACUUUCUAAUGUCCUUCGUGUUUUAUGUGAAGCAAUGGCAAAUGCACUCUACUUUUGACAACGUCAUCAAGGAACAUUUUCCAGAAGGAUCCAGGCCAGUUUUCUCUCAUCUUCUACAGAAAGCAGAGCUAUGGUUUAUCAACUGUGAUUUUGGGUUUGAUUUUGCUCGACCCCUGCUCCCAAACACAGUUUAUAUUGGGGGCUUAUUGGAAAAACCUAUUAAGCCAAUACCACAGGACUUGGAGAACUUCAUUAACAAGUUUAAUGACACUGGUUUCAUUCUGGUGGCCCUGGGCUCUUUUAUAAGCAGGUUUCAGACCCAAACAGUCCUUAAGGAAAUGAAUAAAGCCUUUGCUAACCUCUCCCAAGGAGUUAUAUGGAAAUGUGAUCAUUCUCUCUGGCCCAAAGAUAUCAAAUUAGCUCAAAAUGUAAAAAUGGUAAACUGGCUUCCUCAGAAUGACCUCCUGGCUCACCCUAGCAUCCGCCUCUUUGUCACACACUGUGGAAUGAACAGUAUAAUGGAAACCAUCCAGCACGGAGUACCCAUUGUGGGGAUUCCUGUGUUUUUUGAUCAGCCUGAUAACAUGGUCCGAGUAGAAGCUAAAAAGUUUGGUGUGUCUCUUCAAUACAACAUGCUCACGGCAGAGACACUGAUCCUUAAGAUAAAAGAAGUCAUAGAAGAUAAGAGGUACAAGUCUGCAGCAGUGGCUGCCAGCAUCAUCCACUGGUCACAACCUCUGACCCCUACACAGCGACUGGUGGGCUGGAUUGACCACAUUCUACAGACUGGGGGGGCCGCACACCUCAAGCCCUAUGCAUUCCAGCAGCCAUGGUAUGAACAGUAUCUGCUUGAUGUCUUCUUGUUCCUGCUGGGACUCAUUCUCUGCACACUGUGGCUCUGUAGGAGGCUUCUGGGCAUAGUGACCUGGUGGCUGAGUGGAUCCAGGAAGCUGAAGAAGACAUGA